GCGUGGGCAAUUAAAGUAGCGCACCCUUCUGUAGCAUCCUUUUUGGCGCGCACAGCUUAAAAAGUUCUGGGUAACCGCAACAUAUCACUCAAGAGCAGCAGCGUUCACCACAAAAGCAACAUGUUUUGGAUUUUACGACGCACGGGCGCCGCCAAUUUCUUUACCUCGCUCAACAACAAUUGCAACUUCACGAAGAGUAACGGCAGCGUUGGCAACGGCAAUGGCGGUGGUGGGGGUAACCACAACAACAGCCCGCAGGACAAAUACGUUAAGCGACCUCCGCGCAAGGCAUAUGGACGGCUGAGCGCCGAGGCCGACGAUGCCAUUUCACUGGGCCAUAAAAUCGAUGAUCCAUUCGAUGAGCUCGACAAUUUUGAAAUGCUCGCACCUGGCGCUGGCAGCAGCGGCAGCAAUGGUAACAACAACACGAACGGCAAUAGCCAAGCAAACGGCAAUGGCGAGGCCAACAGAAAAGAGUCGAACGAAGCGCUGGCGGCGCUUAAUGGCAACCUGGCAACUCUGCUUCCCUGCACCGAUGCCGAUUGCCAGGGCAACUUUGUGGUUGAGAGCGCAUUGUGUGAGCUGGGCCUCUGUGGGGUCAAUGUGGGCAGCGGGCGUGACUGCAAAGCCAAAACAUCAAAGGACCUGUCGACUGGCCUUUCAGCAGCUGCGCCUUCGUCCUCCUCAACAAAGGAAAUUAACGAGAACACAAUAAACCGACUACACGCUCUGGCUAUGGCUGACGAUGAUGAUGACUACGACGAAUCUCUCACUUGCAAUGUGUGCGACCGUGCGUUUCACUGUCAUCGCCAGUUGGCCUCGCAUCAGCAAAAGAAGCGCCACUUUGGAUGCAGCGGCUGCGAUAGUCUCUUCCCCUCGUUGAUGUUGCUGGAGCACCACAAGGAGGAGUUCGAGCACUGGAGUGAUGAGGAAAUUGGACGUCGCAUUUGUUGCCGUCGGAAUCGAUGUGACGACGACUACUUCACAGACACAGACUCAUUCAUCAGCGACGCGGAGAGUGAGGAUCUGGAGCGUUUGUUGUAAACGCGGCAGCUGUGAUGCGCAAGGCAAUGCUCAUUGAAGCAUGCGAGUUGUGGAAAUGUACAAGGGCAAGGAAGGACAAUCGGUCGCCACACAGCGACUUUAUGAAUGGCCGCUCACUGACUUUGCAGCCUUGCAAUGAAACGAGAAUGCAUAAUGAAAAUAAAUUACAGAAAAUAAUAUAAAUGGCGUCAUAAACUGUUGUGAAAAUGUUGGCCAAAAACGAAAACGAAUAUAGAGAUUAGAAAAAUCAAAAAAUAAAUUACUUUGAUUGCAUGUAAAAACCAAAGAAGAUGAAAUGAAGCUUAACACAUAUGUAUUUUUAGAGUUCAACUACAGACCUUUACAAAUGGUCUAAAAAUAUGUAUGUACUAUUUAUUAUUAUGGAUGUAUGUGUGUAAAAAGAGCUAGAGAUCCCAAAAACCCAAAACCAAUCAUAUCAAAUGUAUUUCGAAACAAUACUAAGCAAAGA